AUCACCAGCUUCUUCGUCUUCUACGGAGCCUCUCAGCGGGCGCACCCCUGGCUAACCCAAAUCGCGACGUCGACGACGAUCAACACGCUCGGCGACCUGAACGCGCAGCUACUCUUUCCCACGUCGGCAGACGCCUCCUACGACUACGCGCGGACGGGGCGCAUGGCGCUCACAGGCUCACUCCUCGCCAUCCCCGUCAACGCCUGGUACACGCGUAUCUCCUACCGCUUCCUGACGCUGCCGCGAAAGCUGGCGAUAUUCCUGCGCGUGGCACUGAGUCAGGCUGUGUUCACGCCCGUGUUCCUGGUCGCCUUCUUUGGUGUCCAGGGCUUGCUCGAGGCAAAGAGUCUCCAUGAUAUCAGCGAGAAGAUCUUGACCACCGGCCCCCGCGCUUGGAGGGAUGGCCUCGUCCUUUGGCCCGCUGUCAGCACGGUUAAUUUUGCACUCGUGCCUAUUGAGUAUCGUGCCCUCGUCGGCGGCGUGGCGAGUCUAGGUUGGAAUACGUGGUUGAGCUAUCUCAACUCU